AUGAGCUCUCUCGCCCUGCACUGGGUAAACGACCUCGAGAGCACAUUCCGCCAGGUACUGGAUACGCUAAAACCUGACGGCGCGUUUAUCGGCGCGGUACUGGGAGGAGACUCGCUUCAGGAACUACGCGCCUUUAUCCUCGGUGAUCAAGAGCGUCAGGGCGGCAUCUCGCCGCAUAUCUCUCCGUUCAUGAACGUCGCGGACGCCGGCAAUCUCCUGUCGGCUACCGGAUUCAACCUGUGCACAGGUGCAGUAGACUACCCGAAUGCCUUCGUGCUCAUGGAGCAUCUACGUGGCAUGGGUGAGAACCACGCGGUGAACUCACGAGGAGCGCCGGCCACGCGCGACUCUUUACUGGCCGCUGCAUCCAUCUAUCAGUCCAUGUUCGGCCAGGCGGACGGAACGGUGCCCGCCACGUUCCAAGUCAUCUAUCUCAUUGGCUGGUCACCACAUGAGUCGCAGCAGAAGCCACUGCGUCGCGGUUCGGCGCAGCACUCACUCAAGGAGCUUGGCCACGACUAA